AUGUCCUUCAUGGCAUGGAGAGCUAUACAUAAUAGAGUGUCUACUAAUGAUAAAGUCAACAGACUGGGUAUUGAUAAUGAUAUCAUGUGUAGCUGUUGCAAAGGCAAUGGUAUUAUCCCAGGCCAGGAAACUGCCAACCAUUUGUUCUAUGAUGGACAAUAUGCUCAAAGGAUAUGGGGCCAUUUUGUUGGCAAUCUAGGUAUAGAUUACAGAAACACUAAUUUGAGGACUCUUCUUCUCAGAUGUUGGAAUCACAAGGCCAAGAAUCCCAUUGCUUCCUACAUUCAUAAAGCUCUUCCUACUAUCAUUAUUUGGGAGCUAUGGAGAUCCAGAUGUAGCUCGAAAUUUGAUAUGGAAAAUCCCUCUUUUCAAAGAUCUAAGGAUUUUAUUUCUUUUAACAUUUCUCAAUUGAUUAGAACUCAAUUCAAGAAGAUAGAUAGUGGAAACACAUGGGAAGAAAUUUGCACUCUCUAUGAAGUUUCUAUGAAUGUUAAUAGCUUUAUUGUGGUGACAUGGCUCAAACCUCCCUUACCAUCUGUGAAACUUAACAGUGAUGGGUCAUGUAUUAAUGGAAAGUGUGGAGGAGGUGGAGUGGUAAGGAACUGGAAAGGUAAACUCAUUAUGGCCUACUCUAUAUCUUUGGGACAGGGCACAAGCAGUGAAGCAGAAGCUGGUGCCCUCUUAUUUGGGCUUGACUGGUGCAUCAACAAUGGUUUUAAUUCGAUCGUAGGGGAGACCGACUCUCUAUUGCUCCAAAACUCUAUAAGGGGUACUUGGGAAAUUCCUUGGAAGAUCAAGGAUACAGUGGAUAAAAUAAGGAUACUAGUAAAUAGUCAUGAUAUUAGCACAAGACAUUGCUACAGAGAAGCAAACAAAGUUGCUGAUAGAUUGGCUGCUCAAAGUCACAGCCAAGAUGGACUAUGUAUAUUCAAUACUUUUGCUAGCCUACCUGAACAAAUUAGGGGCCUUUUAAACACGGAUAGAUGGAACUUACCUUCAAUUAGAGUCAAGAAGAAAAAUGCAAGGAUGCUCACCUAUGAUCCACCUUGA